AUGGUUGACAAUCGCUUCGCCACAGCGCUGGUCAUCGCGUGUGUGCUCAGCCUCCUGGCCACCGUCUAUCUGUGUGUGGCCAUCGGGACUCAGCACUGGUACCAGUACAGCAGCCCCGCAGUGCGCGGAGAAGCCAACGCGUCUGAUCUGCGCUCCCUGUACGAGGAGUUCAUGGAUGGAGAGUUUGAUGAGAAGACGUACAGCGACACCCUGUUCCGCCUCAACGGGACGCUGGGCCUCUGGUGGCGCUGCGUGUUAGUGCCAGCCAACGCGCACUGGUACAAAGAGCCAGAUCCUAAGUUUGUUCUGGAGUGCCGAAGCUUCACUCUAUCUCAUCAGUUCAUACCAAAGUACAAGGAGCCCGGCAAUCACAACAGUGGAGAAGACUUGAUGCGUACCUACCUGUGGAGGUGCCAGUUCCUGCUGCCCCUGGUGUCUCUGGGCCUCGUGGCGUUUUCUGCGCUCAUUGGCUUCUGUGCCUGUAUGUGUCGAAGCCUCACGCCAACCCUGGCUAUAGGAGUAUUUCACUUAAUCACGGGUCUGUGUACGCUGGCCACAGUGUGCUGCUAUCUGGCCGGGAUGGACCUGCUUCACAGAGUGUCAGUGCUUCCGGACAAAGUGGACGGCUCGUUGGGCUGGUCUCUGUAUUUGGCCCUGAUGUCCUCCCCUCUGCACAUGAUGUCUGCUGCUCUGCUGGUGUGGGCUGCACGGAGCCACAGUCAGAACUACUAUCGUAUGAGCGCCUACCGGGUCGCAUAG